ACAGCAUUAAAGUGAGUAGAGAACGACCUUCGUGAGGUGAACGCCUUUGCAAUUUUUUCUAAGUAAAAUUGUGAAAAAGUGUUAUUGCGAUAAUACGCCACAUAUUUCGUAGCUGAUAAGUUAAUACAAAGGCUUUGCGAAAAGAAAAAAAGCUGGUGGAAAGCUGGUGCAAUAAUUCUUACAUAUUGGAAAUAAUUUGUGUGAACAUAAAAACAAGCGAAAAUUGUAAUAACAAAGGCAAAGUACAUGACACAGCUGGGCGAACAAAAAACACCACACAAAAAAAAAAAAACAUGAAGCUAGAAAAGGAAAUACUAUUACAGGUGUCGAUGGGGGAUUUGUAGGAGGUGGCGCACAUUAAUUGACGCAAUGACGUUAGGGUAGUAGUGGUGCUGAUACGGUCGUAUGUAUAUGGGUUAGGGGCAUGUGAUGCGGAAGAAUGUAGUGAACAAGCUAACAUGUUAAUUAUCCGAUGCGAAUUACACGUCAGUGUAUUCUAUCAGCAGUUUAUUUUAUUCUAAAGUGCAUAGAAGUUCAGCUUAUGACUUGAAAGAAAGCAGGAAUUCAAAAGUCGUGAUAAGCUAUAUAUUUAGCUUAUUUUGCAAAUUUUGAAAGAGUAGUAAACGAACGGUAUGUCAACACAAACAACGCACGCCCCGUCGGCGCCGGAAUUGCCCACAACAUCACAUGGUGAAACGUCAGCACCACCUACUGAAUCAAUGGACGAUUGGACUUAUUUCGACAACACAACAAACGAUGGCACAGAACAAACUGCUACAACAACUACAGUUGAAAAUAUGAACUCUACCGCUGAUAAUGCCGCACCGAAAACUACAACUUCCACAACGUAUUCGUUUCCAGGCAGCGCACUUGGCAGCGAUUCCACAGCGAACAUAAACAGCAUUAAAACAGAAAGCGGCAGCACCAGCGGUGAUUCUAAAAACAAGAACAACGAAGAGGAGAAAAUCGAUGAUUCCAUGUAUGAAUGUAAUAUUUGUCUCGAUACCGCAAAGGACGCAGUAGUCAGUUUGUGUGGUCAUCUAUUUUGUUGGCCAUGUUUGCAUCAAUGGUUGGAGACACGUCCAAAUUGCAAAUUAUGCCCGGUUUGUAAAGCAGCAAUUGGCAAGGAUAAAGUAAUACCGUUAUACGGACGCAACAGCACUAAACAGGAAGAUCCUAGAAAUAAGGUGCCACCACGUCCCGCUGGGCAGCGUACUGAGCCCGAGCCGCAACAAGGUUUCCAGGGUUUCGGCUUUGGUGAUGGUUUCCACAUGUCUUUCGGUAUUGGCGCUUUUCCAUUCGGUUAUUUCGCUUCGUCUUUCAACUUUGGUGAACCCCGGGCAGCAGCCGCCAACCGUGGCACAGUACAAUAUGAAGAUGAACAGCAAUUAUCUAAAUUAUUCCUGUAUUUAGCUAUAUUGUGCAUUGCUUGGUUAUUGUUCGCAUAGCAAUACUAAAUCGAUUAUACUUACAUACCGAGAUAUAUAUUUAUGCAAAGAGCCCAUUUUUUAAUUGUUGCUCUGUGCUUGGGAUUAUUAAUAAGAUAUUCAAUUAUGUACAUGUGUGCAAUUUAUUAACGAGGCAUCCAUACAAUUGCAAAAACUUUUAACACUGUGAAAUUAUAUUGUCGAACGAAAGAGGAAGUAAUCUUAAAGAGUAAAAUUAUAAAAACAGUGAUACCUUCAAAAUAAAUGUAUGUAAUGAAUUAAAAAAAAAAAAAAACAGUAAACUGUUUAAAAGCAUAUUCAUGAUAUAUGUGCAUGCAUAUCUAGCGGGAUUUCGUAACAUAUAUUUCAUACAACAAAUUUUUGUGACGAAACAGCAUUGAAGUCAGUUUUAAUUGCUCGAACAAAAUUCUAGCACUUUAAAUUUUUAUAAUUUUUUGCUCUUUUUAUUUUUUAAGUGAUGUUUACAUUGCAACAAAUUGUACCUAAAUUUCUUUUAAUGGAUUUGUGAUUAAGAGUUAAGUUUGGAGUGUGUCACUGAUUUUUCCUUUUCGCGGAUGGUUGUUUAUUUCAAAAAUAAAAUCUUAUAACCUCAUUAGAAUUACA